CUGGUGAAGGGUUUUACUUGAGAGAUCGAAUUGUUCCGAAUGGCUUGCGAAGCAGACGAUAGAUUCUUCGUCGCCGUGCACGUCGGCGCGGGAUAUCACGCGCCGUCGAACGAGAAAGCCCUCCGCUCCGCCAUGAAACGCGCCUGCCUCGCGGCCGCUUCUAUUCUCAGCAAGGGUUCCGGUGGUUCUGUAGAUGCUGUUGGAGCUGCAAUUAAAGUUUUGGAGGAUGAUCCUUGCACAAAUGCUGGACGAGGCUCAAAUUUGACGGAGGAUGGUCAUGUGGAAUGUGAUGCUAGUGUAAUGGAUGGUGAAUCUGGAGCUUUUGGUGCUGUUGGAGCAGUGCAAGGUGUUAGAAAUGCUAUCCAGAUUGCUGUCUUGCUAGCUAAAGAACAGAUUUCGGGUUCAUCACUUUUGGGUCGAAUCAGCCCUAUGUUUUUGGUUGGUGAAGGGGCGCGCAUGUGGGCAAAGUCCAAGGGUGUUGCUUCAGAUGAUAUUGUAGAAGGGGCUGAUGAGUGGUUGGUGACUGAAAGGGCUAGAAAUCAAUGGAGAAGGUAUAGAACAAUGCUCGAUGACGCCAAAGCUAUAACAAAUUCAACUGCCUCAGCAGAGACUCAAUCGCGUGAUCUUCCAAAGUUAAACGAAGGUGGGACUCAGCCUUAUCCUCCGAAAACAUUAGAAGAGAAUGGCAUAGCGGACACAGUUGGAGUAAUUUGUGUUGAUUCCAAGGGGCACAUAGCAUCUGGAGCCUCAAGUGGCGGCAUCGCCCUUAAGGUUAGUGGCCGUGUUGGAUUAGCAGCAAUGUACGGUUGUGGUUGUUGGGCAUCCUCAAGAACCCCUUCUGGAGAUCCAUUCAAUGUUGGUUGUUGUGUGAGUGGUGCUGGAGAAUAUCUAAUGAAGGGAUUUGCCGCUCGUGAAUGCUGUGUAUCUUCAGCAUUGUCCGAUGAUGGUCCGGUUAAUGCUUGCUUGAGAGUAUUGCAAUCUGUCAAUGAGAGGAGUGCUGGAUUUUUACUUGUUGAAGCUGAUGCUUCUGCUACCGGAGUCAGCAUUUCUGAGAAGCUGAAAGCUGUUGAGGUUGUGGCUGCCUAUACUUCAUCGUCUUUCGGAGUAGGUUAUUUUGGGAGCUCUAUGGAGCGGCCUAAGGUGUCUAUCUUACGGAGCACAAGACCGCAAAACCAAAACGGAGUUGACCAAUUUGCUGCACGCAUUAAUUUUUGAUGUUGAAAAACUAUAGAUGUAUGUAGACUAAUGACCGAUAAUUUAUUUUGAUGGAAGCUUUUGAACUUGUUUCCAUCUUACCAAAUGAUAGGAUAAAAGUUGCUUCUAAAUAAGUAGGCGUAAUGAACAAAAAGAUAACACAUUUAAAUUCGA